AUGGCGUCAAUCGAUGAGCCAUUGGACCUGAUCAAGCUGAGUGUAGCCGAGCGCAUUUACGUCAAGUGUCGAGGUGAACGUGAGCUUCGUGGUGUAUUGCAAGCUUAUGAUCAGCAUUUGAACAUGGUACUGAGUGACGUGGAGGAGACCAUCACUGUACAAGAACUCGACCCAGAAACGUACGAGGAACUCAUUAAACAGUCCAAGCGGACCAUUGAAAUGCUUUUCGUGCGUGGAGACGUCGUCAUUCUUAUAGCGCCCCCACUGCGCACUGCUUAA